UGAGUAAUGACAAGACAAGCGUGGAUCUCGAUCUUGUGACUGUCCCCUAGUGCCUAGUGCAAAGUGUAUCUAUUUAUCAAGUUUUGUAUGUUUUGGCACAAUGAAGAAAGUGUUCGAGCCCCUACUAGUGCUAUCCUGAAACCGUGUUUUAAUGCUUCCAGACUAGUUUUAUAAUGCACUCUUUAUUCGUGACGGGACGUCUGAUAUCGCGCGCUCUGCUCAAUGGGAUUCACAAUAAUUUUUCCACAGCUUCCGAUCCGAAGUUGCAACAAAAAACGGAGCCCCACUUGGUCUCUGCCGUGUGCGGCUUCUCCAAGGAGAGAAAAAUCCAAAGACUGGCCAAAGGACAAUUCGGCGACGACGCCUGGUUCAUGGCAAAGGAUAAAAUUGCUGAUGUCUUGGGUGUGGCCGAUGGCGUGGGUGGAUGGAGGGCCUAUGGCAUUGACCCGGGCGAAUUUUCCCUACACUUGAUGAAAACCUGCGAGCGUUUAGUCAGUUUAGGCCGAUUCAAUCCUACCAACCCCUCAGAAUUGUUAGCUAGUAGUUACUAUGAAUUGUUGCAUAAUAAAAAGGCUAUUUUAGGUAGUAGUACAGCAUGUGUAGUACUUUUGAACCGAGAAAACAGUACACUGUAUACUGUGAAUAUUGGUGAUAGCGGUUUCAUGGUUGUGCGAAAGGGCCGCAUUAUCAGGCGGUCUGAAGAACAACAGCACUAUUUCAAUACGCCUUUUCAGUUAUCACUGCCGCCGCCAGGUUAUAGGGCUGAUGUAUUGAGCGACCGGCCUGAAUCAGCUUCCAGUGACAAUUUUCAAGUUGAAGAUGGCGAUGUUAUACUGGUAGCUACUGAUGGAGUGUUCGAUAAUUUGCCUCAAAAUAUUAUUCUCAAUGAACUAGUUAAGUGUCAAGGUGAAAGAUGCGCAAGCCGACUACAAAUGGUUGCCAAUUCGAUUGCCUGGAUGGCACACAGUUUGUCCUUUGAUGAAACUUUUGUGUCGCCAUUCGCAGAGCGAGCUUUCGCCAAUGGAAUCAAUAUGAUAGGUGGAAAACCAGAUGACAUUACAGUAGUUUUGGCAACAGUUGCAAUAUAACAAUGGCCUUAAAAAGAAUCCUCCCAUUUUUCACGUCAGUUAAUUAAUUUAUAAUUUCAUCUAAUCAUCAAGCGUCUUUAAAACAAAAACAAUUAUUAUUUAGUAUUUUUGGCCAUUGUCGCAACAGUGCUAGAUUUAUGUAGGUAAGGCGCUGCUUAGAAAAUUCAAUUAAUUGUACCUGAGAUUUUUCAAAUUAAUUAUCAGUUACAAUUAUUUUUGGAAACAGGAGACUGAUUAAAAUUGUAGUUUUUUAAUGUUGUUUUGUUACCAUUGGAUUUACCUAAGAGGGUUAAAUGUGUUAGUGUAUAUUAUUUUGUUUAGAAGGGGGGAUGUUGGUGCUUGAAAAAUCCUUUUUUUUUUCCUCAUCCCCUUUGUUUUAGUAUUUAUAAGUCGAAUAAAACGCUCAGGUACAAGAAAAUGGUGAUGAUCUAUUUAAAUAAACCAAAAAUAUUUUUUACCUAAUAUUUAGGUGCCUCAGACUCAGUGGUGUUUCCUGAUUGAAAAUACCAAUUAGUCAAUGUUUCCUUUUCUUUUUCCAUGAAUUGGUACCCAAAUUACAAUGUUUGGUAAUUAUUUUGUGUACUCGUUUUUGUUUGGAGGAGUGUCCUCAUAUAAAAAAAAAGUAGUAGAUAGUUGAUUAUAAUUUACCUAGUUGUUACUAAAUAAAUAAAUUAAAAAUAUUGUGUUUUAAUUAAUUAAAUUAAUCAAUCAAUAUACAAGAGUUCAAAACAAUUUAUUAAUUAAAAAAAAAACAAAAAAAUAUAAAUUGGUAUCACUGGUUUGGGCCAUUUUGUUGCUCAUUUCUAACGUUUUCAUCAUUAUCCUGAUCCUGGUUGCCCCAAUUGAAGCCUCCCGGGUUGUCUUCUGGCAAUCGUUGGUAGUCUGCGUUCUCCGGUAAUUCAUCAAAAAGGAGUUUUCUAAAAAAAUAAACGCAAAAUAGAAGUAAACAAGUUAAAUUAUUUAGACUAUUAUACUUACACUAUUGUAGGUGUUUUCAAAAUCUUGAAUCCGCCUCUUUGAUUUGGAAAAACAUCUUCCAAAAAAUAAUAAAUAUGUCCUACAGCUAUACCCAUCAGAUCGACGUACACUGCAUUUCCUAAUAGUACAGAAAAAGCCACUAGUACCCAUGGCAAAUAGGGAGCCUGAAAGUUUAACAAUCCAAAAAAGUUCAUCCUCACAAACAAAUUCCUUCUUGACCACACAUAAACUAGCAUUAUCGUAAAGGCUUGGCCUAGAAAUAAUAAGUUGACAAAAAAUGCAAAAAUCUGUAAUUGGUUAAGGUCCAGUGUGGUUUUUAAAAUUUUAUGAGAAAAGGGGUUUCUCAUAUAUAGGUAUAUGACAUGCCUGCACAUUUUGACUAUUUACUCAAAAACUACUUGAGGUGCAAAUAUGAGAUUUUGAGGCUUAGAGGCAAAACAUACUAGAAAUUCGAAGCAAUUGAAUGAAAAAUUACAAAGUUAGAUUUUUAAAAAUGAGCAUUUUCUUCUAUAAGUAUAAGACUAAAAUAUGACAUGUCUCCACAUUUUGACCAUUAACUCAAAAACUACUUGGGGCGGAAAUAUGAUAUUUUGGGGCUUAGAAGCAGAACAUACUAAAAAUUCAAAUCAAUUAAACAAAAAAUUGCAAAGUUACCCGUGUUGGUGGUAAAACGCUUUAGUGCAACACGUAGUUUCUUAUAAGAUGCAUUCCUAAUGCUGUAGUUAGCCUUUUUGGACCGAUUUCAAUAUAAAAAUAUGCGGAUUAUAUUAGUUUUCAAGAAAAAUCUAUAAAUUAAAGUGGUUCAAUUUAAAGGUAAGUUUGCAUAGGACUAGUACGCAUUACGUGGACGGGUUAGCUUGGGUUAGUUUGCAUAUUUUUGGUUAGUUUUGGUUACAAUUCGUAUCUACUGGUUAUAAGUGUACUGAUUGAGAACACAGCGCACGAAGCGGGCUUUGUUUUUUAAAUUGGUAUGAUUAGGGCUCUCGGGAACAGGGUAGAACGCAUACUCCGAUUGAGUUCAUUUUUGGUAUACAUAUAAAGGCCGCUGAAAGAAAUUUUUCCAGAAAAAAAUUACCUUAGCCGCGACCUUGACCGUGACCUUGACCAGUGAAAUUCACAUAAAUAUCAAUUUAUCGUGCUGAAAUUAUGUAUAGCGCCGAAGAGCAUCAUAAAUAACCCACACGCCGAGUUUUAGCCUUCAAGGUCAUACAUAUUCAGAGAUACGGCAACCCCGCAUUCUCAGUUUGGGCUCUCGGGAAUGGGCUAGAAGGCGUAGUCCAAUCGAGUUCAUUUUUGGUAUACAUACAUAUAAAGGCCGCUGAAAGAAAUUUCCCCAAAAAAAAAUUGACCUUGGUCGUUGGCUGUGAACUUGACCGUGACCUUGACCAGUGAAAUUCACUUAAAUAUCUAUUUAUCGUGCUGAAAUUAUGUACAGGGUGGGCCAAUUUGGACACUUUUAAUAGGAAACAUCAUGAUAUUGAAUAUUAAUUACUUAUCUAAAACUGGAUACAGUGUACUGAUUAACAACGACAACCAAGCGCGACAAGCUAGAUAAAAUAAAAAUGUUCAAGGAUACUAGUAUGCAUUUCAAGAAUUGGUUAAUUUGGGUUGUUUUGCAUUAUUUUGUAAUUCUCGAUUAGAUAGGUUUACGGGGACUAGCACGCAGUACAAAGACGGGUAAGUUCGGGUUAGUUUGCAUAUUUUUGAUCAGUUUCGAUAUAACACAGUUAUUGUCAGUUGAAGUGUACCAAUUUCAAAAGUUCAGUAGAUAUUAUACGCUUUAUCAUUACUCAAUAAUGUUUUUUUCAAAAAAUGGUUUGAACACUUAGCUCUUCUCUUCAUUCGAAUAUCUACCACAUGAUGCUUUUUACGUUUAUUAAAUUUUUAUCUGCUAAACAGAGCGAUUGUGAUAUUAAGCUGAUAAGAAUAGAUAUUAUAUAUUGAUCUGUGUCAAAGGUCGAGAAGAGGAUUCAUUCAAUAUUUAUAAAAUCCAAUUUAUAGUUAUUUGCGCCAACAUUUUCGAUCAUAAAACAAUAUUUUGGGAUCAAACUAAACUAUCUAUAAUGAAGAAGCAUGAUAUUUUUUUUGAAGGACCUUUACUGAACUGUUACCUUUUACGGCCUAAAUAUGUAUACCAAAAAUGAACUCAAUCGGACUACGCUUUCUACCUUGUUCCCGAGAGCCCAAACUGAGAAUGCGGAGUUGCCGUAUCUCUGAAUGUGUAUAACCUUGAAGGCUAAAACUCGGUAUAUAGGUUACUUGAGAUGCCUUUCAACACUAUACAAGUUUUCAGCACGUUAAACUGCCAUUUACGUGAAUUUGAUGGUCAAGGUCAGGAUCAAGGUCACAGUCAAGGUCAAAUUUUUUUUGGAUUUUUUUUUUUGACGUCCUAUAUAUGUGUACCAAAAAUGAACUUGAUCAGAAAACGCCCUAUAGCCCGUUCCCGAGAGCCCAAAAAUUACCUUUAAAUUCAAUAGACGAUG